AUGGCAUUGCUAGAACCCAAUAGAAACUUAAUCAACCGUAAUUUUGAGGGAUACAAGUUAUCUCCUGAUGAACCGUUGGUGCUCAAAUUGAAACUUGAAGUAAACGUUAGAGCACUAGCUGCUUCUAGCAGUCAGAUAAGCUUUGAGGAAGUGAGGCUUUAUUCGACAUGUAAUCAUUUAAUGAUGGAUUGUUGGUAUAGCGAUCCAGGUAUAGAUCACCUGUAUUUUAUAAAUGAAUCUUGGGAGGUAGCGCAUAUAGAAUUCGAUAGUAAGGAUGGAACGAGCUUUAUCGAAUGUCCGUUUCAAGUCCCGCUUAAUGCUGUUGCUGCUACGGAUAGGCAUAAUUUAUCGAUGCAGUUCCCUUCUAAAAAGCAUGCACUAAUAUCUGAUGGUGUGGAUAAAAUUUAUUUAUUAGAUCGUCAUGUGAAGAAAUGGAAAAUUCUAGGCAUUAUUAAUUAUGAGAGACCAUGCACAUUAUUGCAUGCUGUUUGUGAUGACAAGCAAGAUAAAUGCCAAUGCUAUUUAAUAGAAUUCAAACGUCAAGAUUUCAAAAUAGAGCCUACGUCAAAGUGGAUUGAGAUUACAAUACCUACAAAUCAUCAAGAUUCAUGUAACUAUAACAUAGUACUGCAAAUCAGAGGUCAAUGUGUUCCCCUGUUUGGUGGCAUCUGUCCUAUCAGUAGAAAACUGAUUUUAAUUCAUGAGAAAGAGUUAAUCAUUGAACGUUGUGAAAUUUCUGAUGCUGAUGAUAAAAUGGAAGAGUCGGCUAGCUAUGAAAAAAGCAACUCAAUGCUGAAUGAAAAUUUACUCCCGGAAUACAUAUGGACUCAGAGCGCAGAUACAGUUGUGGUUAACUUUGUAACUCCAUAUAACAUAAAACCAACUGAUGUAGUAUUUUCAUUGACAACUAAGGAGAUUUUAUUAGGAUUAGUUGAUGGUCUAAUAUUUUUGAAGGGAGAGCUACAUGAUAAGGUUGACGUCGAUGGAUGUACUUGGAUCUUACAAGACAAUGGUGCUGGCAUCCAGCUGACGUUGGAAAAACAUCAGCCUUUUCAUGUUUGGUCAACUGUAGUUGAAGAAUGUACAAGAGGGAAACAGGCGAUAGGCGAAGUAGAUGAAAUUCACCAGCGCCUGGCUCAUCUGACUUCAGACCAAUGGAAUCCUCAACCCAACACUGCAGAAAACAGAAUCUUUCAACUUGAUAGAUCCGAAGACUGUGAUGAACUAUCUCAAGACAAUACUACGCUUUCUGUUGCUUCUCCAACAUCGAAGUCUUUUGAUAAGCAGAUUGCGUUAGGCUGCAAUCAGUGGCUGUUUAAUGCUCCAAUAUUGCCAUAUGCAAAUAUGAUGCCUGCUUUCUGCUUAAGACAUGAUACAGACGCAUUUCUGUGGCAGUUUCAAGCAAAUCCUGAUAUUUCUUUCACUCAUACGUCUACGUUCGAUGCCUUUGGGUAUGUGCAAGCUUCUAAACGUGAUCGUAAAUUUAUAUCAUGCUCUCCAUCAUCGAGAUUUGUUGUCAUAUGUGAUUACGCUCGAAACGUUUACAUCUACAUGAAAUCUACUUCGGAAGAUCAGCCACUAGGAAAACACUCCUUUCAGCGUAUUGUCGCCUUGGAUAGCGAAAAGAUUAUGGGAUUGGUAGCGUCUCAUAACUUUAUCUAUGUUUUAAGCAAUUGUGGGAUAUAUUGCAUAAAGGUCUAA